CCCCGGGGGCGGGCGGGGGGCGCGGACUGCAGUAGAAUGCGAGCCGGGCUCCUCCGGCGCGGUGAGACGUCGCUCCAGCGCGGUCAGGUGCCUCUCGCUGCUCCACUAACUUGCUACUUGGUCGUGUUUGGUCUCCGAGGCUCUCUACCCUUUGGGGUGGUGGGGGGCGGGGGGAGUGGGGAGUUCAAGGGUCUGCGGUAGCCGAAGGAGGGAUCUUGCAAGGGGGAGCCAGCCUGGUGCCGCUCGUCUUCCCCUCCCCGUCACUCCCCUCCCCCCACCCCGUCGCUGCCGCUUUCCCUCUGCCAAUUCGGAGAGCGCCGGGCUCCUGUGACAUGCGACCGCUGCCAAGUGACGGUCCCCGAGUCUGAAGUGCCCGCGAGGAAGUGAGCGUCAAGGCGGGCCGCCGGCGAUGACAGCCAUGAAGCAGGAGCAGCAGCCCACCCCGGGGGCCAGGGCGAGCCAGGCGCAGCCGGCGGACCAGGAACUGGGAAGUAACAGCCCUCCACAGAGAAACUGGAAGGGAAUUGCUAUUGCCCUGCUGGUGAUUUUAGUUGUAUGCUCACUCAUCACUAUGUCAGUCAUCCUCUUAACCCCAGAUGAACUCACAAAUUCAUCAGAAACCAGAUUGUCUUUAGAAGACCUCUUCAGGAAAGAUUUUGUCCUUCAUGACCCAGAAGCUCGGUGGAUCAAUGGUAUGUGCACACAUCUAUUCUACAUUUCAGUCAUGCAGAAUCAGACCUAUACUGCUUUAAGGGGUGCAGAUUCUUAG